AUGAGUGCUGCACCUUCGACGCUCUCGCUCCGUCGCUCGUCUCGGCUUCAGACCAAGGCUACACCCACCUACGCGGACCCCGAGGAUGAGGAUGAGCACUCGGCGACGUCGGCUACUCCAAGGGAGCGUAAACCGCCAGCUAAACGCCCUCGGAAGAGUGCACCUGCGGACCUCGGUGGGCCACAGAAGACCCCUUCUAAAGCUCUCGGUCCGAAAGGCAGGAGGCGUAUCCUGAGCAAGCUUGUAGACAUGCCUCUCGACAUACUCUACGAGAUUUUUAGUCACCUGCAUCCGCUUGACCUCUUGCACUUGGCGCGCACGACGAAGGCGCUCCGCGAGGUUCUUAUGCGCCGUUCUGCCGUGACCAUCUGGCGGAGCGCUCUUAGCAGCGUCGAGGAUCUUCCUGACUGUCCGCCAGACCUCACAGAGCCCGGAUUCGCCAACCUUUUGUUCGAUCAUCAUUGUCAUUUUUGCGUUAAGGCCAGAGUUAUGACGACCCUCUGGACAUGUCGCUCCCGGGCGUGCAAACAGUGUCUUAAAGAGCACUUCGUGCCUCUUUUCGACAUACUUGUCGCAGCGUCCGAGCAUAUGGCACGCGGACCGCAGCAGCUCAUCAAGGUGUCUUCUAUGCUGCCCAUGGAGUACCUAAAUAACAAACUGCUUGUGCCGAAGUUCAGGGCCGACGAGCUAGUUGCACGCAUCAAAGAGUGCGAAGGCGACGAAGCUCAAUUGAAACAGCUCGAGGACGAGCAAGCGCUCGCCGUUAAGCUCCUCAAAGACAGCGCGCUCAAGUUCACCGAGUGGCAGAUUAGGCAGAAUGACAAGCGUUCCACGGACCUUAUGGACCUACGGAUACGCCGUCGUAAGCAAAUCACCGAGCGACUUUGCGACCUUGGCUUCGCCGAAGACCUCAAAUGGAUGACAUAUAAGCGCAUCGACCAGUUCAUCGAGCACCCAUUAGUCAAGCAGCCCAAAGAGCUCACCGACCGCAUCUGGAACAACAUCCGCGCGCCCAUGGUCGCCUUCGCCGAAGACGCCCGCACAGAACGCCUCAUGCGCGAACGCUGCGCACACUACAUCAACCGCCUCUCCGUCGUGCGCGACACCGUCGUGCGCUUCAUGGCGCGCCGCCCGCUCUGGGAGGCCCUGCCCUCGAUCGCGGACUUCUCGUACCACACCCCCGGCUUCCGCGUGCUCAUGGGCGCGCCGCGCGACGCGUUCUUCCAGCCGCUCGAGAUGCCCCCGGCGCAGCUCGAGGCGAUCCUUGCGGCCACCGUGCGCGAGUGGCGCAAGAAUAUGGCGCUGAAGCUGUAUGAUAUGAUCGAGAGUGCUACGCAGCCGUCUGCGGGCUCCUCUGACGCCGCCUCUACUCCUGCCCCUGCAGCUGCACCUACUGGUACGGAACCGACAGAGGGGGAGGCGGGGCCCUCUGUCCCUAGAACCGACGUCGCCACGACCGCGACCGCCUCUUCCACCAUCGCCUCGUGCACCUGCUCACCUCCAGCCCACCGCGAAGUCACCCCCGAACAAAUCGCGAAGCGCGUCUGCUCCGCACUCACCUGGUUCCGCUGCACCUCCCCCACCUGCGGCGCGCUGCUCGACUACCCGCGCGUGCUCGCGCACUCGUGCGCGCACGCCGCGCCGCCCGUCGACAUGCACCCCACCACGGACGCCGCGGACCUGCGCAACGCGUACGCGCUCGUGCUCGAGGAGGUCCCGUGGAACCUCAGCGGGACUGCUGUCGUAUUUGAUACUCAGGCGGCGGCCGCUGCGGAGGUGGUCGUGCGGGCGUGCGGGCGCGAUCCGAAGCGGACGGACGGGUGGGAGAUGGAGGCGGGGAAGGCGCGGCUGGUGUGUGGGCUGUGCAGCAAGGACGGGCAGGCGUGCGUGAUGGCGUGGCAGCGUGCGGUCGAGCACCUGUGCGAGCAUAUGCGCGCGGGGCAGACGGCGAAGCUGACGCGGCUGAGCAAGCGCGACGCGCGCCGCGUGCGCGACAUCGAGCCCGUCCGGCUCAUCCCGCACUUCUCGUCCGUGUACAAGAUGUGGGGCUGUCUGCGCUGCCGCGUGCUGCCCGCGAUGACGCUCGUGGACAUAUUCGACCACUGUGCAGUAGAGCAUAUGCUCGACAUGCCGGACGAGGAGGAAGACUACGACCUGCAUCCUGAUGCGGAGACGGACCAUUAUGUGCCUGCGCACGAUGUGUACUACGAUGCGUCGAUGUUCCUGACGCCUAUCCGCCGCUGAACGUUGAACGCCAGCAUAGCCCUGGUAUUGGUUUGUUCUCUUACACCCUGGCGCCAUCCUGGCUCUUUUCUUGUCUGCACUUCGUUCACACUUCUGUAUUAUCGGUUUCUCCGCAAGUGUGCAAUAGUAUACAUAUCCCUACUAAUCGCUGGAUCCAC